UUCUAAGCACCCGGGGGCCCGCGCUCCGGUCUUUCUGCAGCCCGGCUCUGCAUCAAGGUCCAGGCGCGCGAAACUGCGCCAGGCACAAGCGGCGGAGGACUGACCUGGACGUCCUAAGGCUGGGAGAAGGGACCCGGCAUCCUGGGACCCACUGGACUUAGCCCGGAGCCUAACCCUUCGCCGUCAGCAUCUCCAGUGGGGCGUCCUUCGGAGGGGCCACUACAGGGCCCCCAAACCUCAUCGUAGAAGGGUCUCCCGCCAUGGCCGAGGCCGUGGAGCCUGAGAGGGUCACUCCGGGUACCCAGGGGCCACCCGAGGGUCCAGAGAUUAGAGUAGAGGGACCGGAUGAAGCCGGGGCUCCAGACCCGGAGGGGCGGGAGGCGAGCAAGGGCGCUGCCGAGGCGCCCGGGGACGACGGGGAGGGCGCCGAGGUGACAGCCGCCAGGAAGGAGGCUGGAGACGGCGGGCAGGACGGUGGGCACGCGGGCCAGGGCACCGACCCGGGCUCAGAGGAGCGUGCCGGGGAAGGUGCUGGGGACCCGCAGGGAGCCGAGCAGGCGCCGGGCUCCGGGCAGUUGGAGCAGGGCGCGGCCCCUAGCGAGGUCCCGGGGGAGGCUCCCGGGGACCCCGCGGUCCCGGAGGCGCAGCCCGGGCUGCAGGUGCCAGAAGGAAGCGCGCCCCGGGUACCGGACAGUAUAGACGUCCAGGGAGCCGCAGGGGACAGCAUGGACGCCGAAGGAGCGGCGGGAGGGGCGCACGGGGCGCAGGGGGAGCUCCAAGGCGGAGGGGAAGUCAGCUCUCACCCCCAGCCCGAAGCCCCCGAGGUGGCAGCCUCUGAGACUGGGGGACACCAGCCCGGGGAGUCGGCGGGGGCGGAUGCUGCAGGGGUGGAGGGAGCGGUCCCCCAGGCGUCGAGCGCAGAUGCUGGAGAGGAUGGGGAGCGGGGUGCAGCCCAGGAGGAGACGCGGGAGGGAGAGGAGGGAACAGAGCAGGAGUCCACCGAGAUGUCCGCGGUCCCCCGCGAGGAGGAGCCCCCCGACGGCGGCAGCCCCGACAGGGAGAAGGCCGAGUCAAGGGGGGAUGCGGGGUCCCCGGCCGAGCUCAGCAACCACCUGCCGGAGGAGGAGGAGGAGAAGGAGGAGAAAGGCAGCGCCCUGGGCGGGGAGGAGUUGGCCAGAGUCAAUGGCCGCAGGGAGAACGGCGAGGUGUCCGAGGAGCGAGACCCCGGGCAGGAGCACGACAUCACUCUCUUCGUCAAGGCUGGUUAUGAUGGUGAGAGUAUUGGAAAUUGCCCAUUUUCUCAGCGUCUCUUUAUGAUUCUCUGGCUAAAGGGUGUUAUAUUUAACGUCACGACGGUGGACCUGAAGAGGAAGCCUGCAGACCUGCAGAACCUGGCUCCUGGGACGAACCCUCCUUUUAUGACUUUUGAUGGUGAAGUCAAAACAGAUGUGAAUAAGAUUGAGGAGUUCUUAGAGGAGAAGUUAGCUCCCCCAAGGUACCCUAAACUGGGGACACAACACCCUGAAUCUAACUCAGCAGGAAAUGAUGUGUUUGCCAAGUUCUCAGCAUUUAUUAAGAAUACCAAGAAGGAUGCCAAUGACAUUCAUGAAAAGAACCUGUUACGGGCCCUGAAGAAGUUGGACAGUUACUUGAAUAGCCCUCUGCCAGAUGAAAUAGAUGCCUACAGUACCGAAGAUGUCACUGUUUCUGGAAGGAAGUUUCUGGAUGGGAAUGAGCUGACACUGGCCGACUGUAACCUCUUACCGAAGCUCCACAUUAUUAAGAUUGUGGCCAAGAAAUACAGAGAUUUCGAAUUCCCUUUGGAAAUGACUGGCCUCUGGAGGUACUUGAACAAUGCUUAUGCCCGAGACGAGUUCACCAAUACGUGCCCAGCCGACCAGGAGAUAGAACACGCGUAUUCAGAUGUGGCGAAAAGAAUGAAGUGAGGCUGGGGUGGUCUGUGCCUUAUUUCUCAGUGGAGUGAGCUAGGCUUCAGGAAGAGUGUUCUCAGCACCAUCUUUUGUAAAACAAUGCUGACAGUGUGACAGCAGAUGAUACAUGGUAAUUUGCCAAAUCCCUGGUGGAUCUUUACAUACCUGAUCAAUUUGCAUACCAGCCAUCUAGUCUAUGUUCAUUUAUGACAUAAGUUUUUGAUGCUCACUGACAUUGUAAACCAUGAAAUUUAGAGUUAAGUGUUUCGUAGUUUGUUUAAAAGCAAAUUGGCUUUGGGUUCUGCUCCCUCUAUUUUUAAAAGCUUGGUCUUUGAUAGUUUUCAUAAUCAUAUCUAGCCUCUAUUUAUCUUUUUAACUACUAGCUAAAUUUUUUCAAAAUGAAACCACUGUUUUUAUAAUUACAAAGUGAUGCAUGCCUAUUUUAAUACUUUAAACCAUUAUCGUAUAGUAUGAAGAAGGAAGUAAAAAAGCUUCGCUUAAAAUGGAUCCAAUUUAGCUACUGAUAACUAUUGCUGAGUGUUUCCAGAGUCUUCAAUCAUUUGUGUCUGUACACACACACACACACACACACACACACACACACACACACACGCUCACAUGUCCUCACAUCACAGUCAAUUUCAUUUAUAUAUGGUAAAGUAUUUAUUUAAAGGACUGGUGAGUGGACCUCUUGGUGCCUUGCUGGUUAUCAAGGAAGACCUAAAACAAACACAAAGAUUUGGCCCUGCAGCGCCAGGCAGGGUGCAGCAUGUCUGGUUUUGAAGAGGCGGGGCCUGGUAGCCUCCUCCCGCACAGCUGCAGGAGGCAGCGUGGUGGGAACCCCAGGACGCCCGUUCCUGACUCCAAGACGCUGCUGUCUCUGACCCCAGGAAAGGCAGUGGAGGGGAGUGCUCAUCUGUGCCUUUGGUUUCAGCUGCCUUUUCUGGUGCCUUCUCUUGCUCCUACCCUCCAGGGAGACACUUCAUAUCAGCUGAGAUUUGGACUGAAUCUCAUUGUCCUGCUUCUCACUGUGGGCGCUGGAUUGCUUCUCAUGGCCGCUCUCAGGCCCAGCACGUCGCUUCUUCCUCGGUGAUACGGCGUGCUGGGGCUAGCUCACACACCGUUGUCGCCGUGCCCUUGAGGUCGUUCUCUGA